CGACCAUUGACUUGCUAGUCGAGAUUCCUCGCCUUCGGCUACUCAGGCGGAUAUAUAUAUGUAUAGAAAGCAGUAUAAGUAGGGAAUGUGAGGAAAUCAAUACUAGAAUUAACACUUUUAUCGAGGUCUAGUUUUUCUCAAGUUUAUUUCGACUUUACGAUAAGCAACGUAAUUUUACUAGUUGUGAGUUAUUUCUUAAAAAAGAAGAAGAAGAAAAACACAUUAGUAUAACUACUAUUUGUGAUAAUAAUACAUUAAUAAUUGGACGAAAAAUAGUCUCACGAAUGUUUUGAAAAACAAUUAUGUUAAUUACUUCGUUUGUAAAUUUAAAAUACAGUUAAGAGUACAACAACACAAACGUCACAAGUCAAUUCUUAUUAAUUUCAGAAACUGUGUUCGAUAUUUAAUAACAAAUUUUAUAGUUGUAAUAUUAACUACGAUAACUAAGUCAAUCUUAAAUAAAAAAAAUAGCCAAGUUGUUUACUGUUAUAAACAAAAAAAAGGAGAAAAAACAAACAUGAGUUUUGUUUUGAAAUUUCAAAAGAUUGGAGCAAAAUUUAUUAAAAUCAGUUUCCGAUUAAGAAUCAUGUUUUGCUUACUGGUAAUCUUGGCAUUAUCUGGGUUAAUGUUUAACAUGUACUACACUCCAGAUAUGCGCUAUUGUUUUGUGGACACCUUGGCAGCACAAGUCGAGGAGUUAAGAGAAAAGCCAAAGAAACUAGAAGAUAUAUUAUUGGCUGAUGCGCUUCCUCUUGCCGGUCAUAGUAUUUUUUUCCACGAGACAAGUUGUCCCUCAACAAUUAAAUCAAUUACCAAAAAAUUGCCAACGGCAGAACCGCAUAUUGAAAAUUACGUUAACUACGUAGAAUUAACGGCGCGACAGGCUUGCUCAGUUGAAUCUGCUGCUUUCCACAAUCCCAAAACAAAUGUAUAUGUUCUUUAUGCCAGUCCACGUUAUCAAUUGGCAAAUAUAACAGCGGAUCCCAUAUUGAGUGCCGUGUUAAGUUAUAAAAAUGUACGUUUACGGAAUGUGAAUAUGUGGACUUAUGCGGCAACCACACCAUUGUAUAAAUGGCUUAAAGAUGGAGAACUUUUCAAAUCCAGCUAUGUUUUCUCACAUGCGUCCGAUUUUUUGCGCUAUUUAACAUUAUGGCGUUGGGGUGGCACAUAUCUCGACAUGGAUACUAUAAUGUUGCGUUCUAUUGAAAAUAUGCCACCCAACUUUGUCGGAGCUGAAUCAACCCGUAAUUUGGCUGCAGGGGUGAUGAAUUUUGCACCAGAUGGCUUUGGUCACGAAAUAUCCGAAUUAUGUCUUUCCGAUUUCGAGAGAAAUUUUAAAGGCAAUAAUUGGGGCAAUAAUGGUCCGGGUGUUAUAACCCGUGUAAUGCGAAAAGUUUGUGAUACUGAGACAAUUGCACUAAUGCUCGAUCCGAAACGUUGUAAAGGCUUUCAUAUAUUUGAUCGAAACAUUUUCUAUGCGAUAUCUUGGGAAGAAUGGCGUGAUUUUUUCGAACCAGAAAAAAUGGAAAAAACAUUAGAUCGCACCCACCAUUCGUACAUAGCUCAUUUCUGGAAUAAAAAAUCUGUCGACUUUCCCGUUAAAGUAGGCAUCAAAAGUGCUUUUACAACUAUGGCUGCAAAUAAUUGCCCGCACGUAUAUAAAGCAAUCAUCAAUCAUUUCUCUCAAUUUUAGCCGCGCUUACGUUUCAAAUGUAUAUAAAGUUAUAUUUUUCUAGUCAACGCGAUCAACUAAUAUGUAACCAAAUAAUAA